CGGCGCUGGGCGGGGGUCGGCGGGGCCUCGGCCGGCCAGGGCAGCGGCCGAGCGGGCAUCGUGGCCGGAGGAGCCGCCGGAGCCAUGCCGGGCUUCGACUACAAGUUCCUGGAGAAGCCGAAGCGGCGGCUGCUGUGCCCGCUGUGCGCCAAGGCCAUGCGGGAGCCGGUGCGCGUCUCCACCUGCGGGCACCGCUUCUGCGACACCUGCCUCCAGGAGUUCCUCAGUGAAGGCGUCUUCAAGUGUCCGGAGGACCAGCUGCCCCUCGACUACGCCAAGAUUUACCCAGACCCUGACCUGGAGGCCCAGGUGCUGAGCCUGACCAUCAGGUGCAUCCACAGUGAGGAGGGCUGUCGUUGGAGUGGAACCAUCCGCCAUUUGCAGGCCCACCUGGGGACCUGCAGCUUCAACGUGGUGCCCUGCCCCAACCGCUGUGGGGCCAAGCUGAGCCGCCGCGACCUGCCCCCCCACCUGCAGAACGACUGUCCCCAGAGGCACCUCCAGUGCGAAUUCUGCCGAGCCGACUUCACGGGGGAAGCCUUCGAGAACCACCAGGGUCUCUGCCCCCAGGAGAGCGUCUACUGUGAAAACAAGUGUGGGGCGCGCAUGAUGCGUCGGCUGCUGUCCCAGCACAUGCUGGCCGAGUGCCCGAAGCGCACCCAGCCCUGCAGCUACUGUGCCAAGGAGUUCCUCUACGACACCAUCCAGAACCACGAGUACCAGUGUCCCCGCUACCCCGUGCCCUGUCCAAAUCAGUGCGGGGUGCCCAAUAUUGCCCGAGAGGACCUGAGUGGGCACCUGAAGGACAACUGCUCCACCGCGCUGGCCCUCUGCCCCUUCAAGGAGGCCGGCUGCAAACACCGGUGCCCCAAAGUGUCCUUGGGCCGCCACCUGGACGAGAACACCAAGCUGCACCUGGGCCUGAUGGGUGCGUUGGUGGCCCGGCAGCGUCAAGAGCUGGUCGAGCUGCGCCGCGAGGUGGAGGAACUGGCGGUGGGAAGCGACGGCGUGCUGAUCUGGAAGAUCGCCGACUACGCCCGGAAGCUGCAGGAGGCCCGGCUGCGGAGCAAUUACGAGUCCUUCAGCCCCCCCUUCUACACCCACCGCUACGGGUACCGGUUGCAGGUGUCGGUCUUCCUCAACGGCAACGGCAGUGGCGAGGGCAGCCACCUCUCGGUCUACAUUCGGGUGCUGCCCGGCCAGUACGACAACCUGCUGGAGUGGCCCUUCGCCUACCGGGUCACCUUCUCGCUGCUGGACCAGAGCGACCCCUCCCUCUCCAAGCCCCAGCACAUCACCGAGACCUUCCUGCCGGACCCCACCUGGAAAAACUUCCAGAAGCCGGGCACGGGGCGCACCUCCCUGGACGAGAGUCUGCUGGGCUUCGGGUACCCCAAGUUCAUCUCGCACGAGGAUAUCAAGAAGCGCAACUACGUGCGCGACAACACCGUGUUCAUCAAGGCCUCGGUGGAGAUCCCGCCCAAGAUCAUUUCCUGAGUGGGUUGCCGACCGAGGGACCCAGGAGUGGCAGGGUGAAGCCCCCCACCCACUUGGGUUCCCCCACUUUGGAAGAACGGUUCUGCUUUUGAUAACGCUUUUCUUCCUGAUCUGCCUUUCUGCUUCGGAUUGUCCCCCCUCCCUGUGUGGAAAUGGUGCUAAUUGCUACAGGUUCGGGCUCGGGUCCAGCCUGGCUUGGGGAGGGGGGGUGUCUCAUUCUUCCCAGGAGCAGCUGGGCUGCCUCUGCGACCCCAUUUUCUCCCCAAGCACCCUUUGGGUCUCUGCCAACCCCUGUGCUGGGGAACGUCAGGAAACCUGCUGGGUGCAGACCACAUCGGGGCCUUCCAGAUAGGGAGGUGCCCCCACUUUCCGUAGAACAGCUUGGAUGGGGGUGAAGGCUGGCACCCCCAAAUCUUCCUUCGGGGUCCACGUUUGGACUGCUGUCCUGGACCUAUUCAGAGACCGCUGGGGUCUCCCCACCCCAUCAUUCAAGAGCCAUAUUAUUGCCGGUGGGCCUUUUUGCCUGGGGGAGGGGAACUGCUCACCUGGCCACGGGGAUGUAGCCGCAAUCACUACUCCUCUCUCCCUUUUUCAGAGUUACAUUUUUCUGUCUUUUUAAUAAAUCGUUCCUUGUAUUUAUUAA